AUGGGAGAUGCUGUCUUGGACUUACUGUACUUGCUGUCAUUUGCUCAAGUCGAUCUGCUCUUCACACUUCAAAUUCGAAGCUUUGAGUUGAUCCAUUCAACAGUCGUUAAGUGCUCAAAUUACAAUCAUGGGUUCAUUGGUGACAGAUUGGUUUCACUGUAUACGAGAUUGGGAUGCAUUAAGGAUGCACAUAACCUAUUUGAUGAAAUUCCUCACAAGGAUUUGGUAUCCUGGAAUUCGAUUAUUUCCUCAUUUUCUCAAAAGGGGGAUGUGGGUUUGAGCUUGAAUGCAUUUUAUAGGUUGAGACAAGAGGAUGGGAUGAACCCCAAUGAGAUAACCCUUAUAUCGUUAAUUUCAGCUUGUGGAACUCUGGAGGGAGGUUAUAUUCAUGGCUUUGCUGUAAAAAAUGGUUUAAUAUCACAAACAAAAGUUUUGAAUUCUCUUAUUAACAUGUAUGGGAAAUUUGGGUAUUUGAAUGAGGCUUCUGGGUUGUUUGAGACKAUAAAGUUGCCAAAUUUAGUGUCAUGGAACUCGAUCAUUAAGAUUCACAUUCAAAGUGGCCUUUCGGAGAAGAGUAUUUUGUAUUUUAAUUUAAUGCGGAGAGCUGGGAUUUAUCCUGACCAAGCUACUAUUGCUUUUGGAGACAUAGAGCUUGGUGAGGAAGUUGCAGAAAGACUGAUUGCUUUAAACCCCUUGGACUCUAGAAAUUACAUUAUGCUAUCGAGCAUAUACGCUAAGGCUGGUUGUUGGAAAGAUUUUUCAAAAGUUCGAGCUUUAAUGAAGGAGAAAGGUCUUGUAAGAACUGCCGGCUGCAGCUACAUUGAACAUGGGCACAUGAUUCAUCGUUUUCUUGUGAAUGAUCAAGCACACCCUGAGAGCGAGAGUAUAUAUGCUAAGUUAGAUGAAGUUAUCAAGAAAAUUCAAAAGGCUGGAUAUGUACCCAAUCCGGAGUUCGUUCUACAUGACGUAGAGGAAGAAGUUAAAGAAAGUUUGGUGAGCAAACACAGUGAAAAGCUGCAUUCGGUCUUUUGGUCUGUAAUAACAGCAAGCCUUUGA